AUGUUGUGGCAGUUUUAGUUUUAUAUUUUUCGUCAUCACACGCACAGCUUCUGGCAAAUCAUAAAAUUCGAAUAACAUUAAAAAACAUCACUCCGAUUUCUGGUUUGUGCAACGAGUGAAAACAAAAUUUACACCUACAUUUUGGAGGUGGCGGCUUAGUCUGUCUGUGUAAAAUAUUCCCCUGAAGAGUUUCCGUACACCUUAAAGAUGUCCAUGUCGUCGCGGUACACAACAAUUGAGCGAGCUUCGUUCCGGUAUCGCCUUAAGUUGGAAUUCGAGGAUAUUAAGCUGCAACGCAUAAUGGCCGAAAGGACCAAGGAGAAGCUGAGGCAAGAGCUACUCAACGAGGAGACACUGCGUUGGUAUCAUUUCAAGAAUAAAAUUGAAAAUCAGCGGGAAAUCGCACGCAUGCGGUAUGGAAAUAUUCCAGAGGACAUGGUCCGCUAUCUGAAGCCGAAGGACGAGUACGAGCGUCAGCUGGAGAACGCCAAGGAGGAGGCCGAGUUGGAGUUGGAGGAGCAACGUCUAUACAUGGCAGCGACCACCAUGCCACUGCCAGAUGUAGAUAAAUAUUUGGGGGCAAUGGAGGAAAUUCCAACAACAUCUCAAAAUAGCGACACGGAAAGAGAAGAAACCCCCCGAUACGGUCUAUUUGUGCCCGGGCACCAGAACUCCAGUAAACAUUCAGACAAGUCUAAGAAGUAAUCAAAGUCCUUUCCAGCGCCCACUCAUCUCCUAUCUCCUGGCUUAAAGCUCUGCCUCAUACCAAAACAAAGAGAAAAACAUAUACUGCAAUGAAACCUCAAAUCAAAAUACAUCAUAUGUUACAAAUACUAGUUAAUACAAUUUUAAAUUGACAAAAAAAAUAAACCACUUUGGGGCUUAAUUGCUGCUACAAAAUAUUUGAUGUUGAUCAACUUUCGUGGAGUUCUGAAAUGGAGUUCUGUGGCGAGAUUUGAAGAAGGACCAGUCCCAGUCCCUGGUUAAUAUCUGGAUUAAAGUGCUGCCUCCAUCCAUUGCAAAUAAAUCAAAUACAAUAACAAAAAAACAUUAA